AUGGCGGAUCAUCAAGAGGACGAAGAUUUGAAAUUGGCUCUUCAGAUGAGUAUGCAACACAAUCCUCCGGAGCCCAAACGGAGCAAACCAAUUGAAGAAACCGGAUCCGGAUCUCAGUUCGGUGGUCCUUCCGGUGAAUCGCCGGAAGCAAAAAGCCGGCGAUUGCAGCGUGAGCUCAUGGCUGCUGCGGCGGAGAAACGAAUGGUUCUGUUUCCCAAAAGCCCUCCACCUCGAGCUAAGCCCAGAGCUCUGGCUUCGCCAAUUACGGUUGCUGAUAAAGAUAGCCAAGUUGUGAGGAUCGGUAAAGAGUUGGGAUCCGGUGACGGUGAUGGUUCUUCCGGGAAGGAGUUGUCGCCGGAAGAAUCCAAUCAGUUGUUUACAAUGGUGUUUAGUAAUGAGGUCUCGAAAAGUGUACUUGCACAGUGGACUAAUCAAGGCAUAAGGUUUAGCCCUGAUCCUGAAACUACUAUAGGCUUAGUGCAGCAUGAAGGUGGGCCUUGCGGUGUUUUAGCAGCACUACAAGCAUUUGUUCUUAAAUACCUUCUUUACUUUCCGGAUGAAAUAGGUAAAGCUUCCCCAAGUCUAGGUGUCAGGUCAUUAUCAAAAACUCGUUAUGUUGCAUCAGGCUCUUUCUCUUCUGUACCAGAAGAAGCAAAAACAAGGGCUCUUGUGAGAAGUAUGUGUGAGAUUCUAUUCAUGUGUGGAAACAAUAACCGCGCUGUAAUAGCGAGUUUCCCUAAUCUUGAGGAUACCAAUACAAAUCAGAAAGAUGAGGCAAUGGCUGGUCCUCUCCCCAUUGAGUCUGCUUCAGAUUUGCAGAAGAUCUUGAGAUUCGAGACAUUCACAACUCAAUCAAGUGCACUUAAUAAGCUAGAAGGCACAAUAACUGCUUUCCAAAGCCGCAUGGGUGCUUUGCUAUUCCUGAUUUCUGCUUUACUCUCCCGUGGACUGGAUACAGUUCAAAGCGACAGGGAUGAUCCAAGCCUCCCUCUAGUAACUGCACCGUUUGGACAUGCCUCUCAGGAAAUUGUGAACCUGCUGUUGUGUGGAGAAGCGGUUCCCAAUGUGUUUGAUGGAAGAAUGGAUCUUGGAGGCGGUAUGUUUCUAAAAGGCAUAUCUAAGACAGUGGAGGUUGGCUUCCUCACGUUGCUCGAGUCUCUCAAUUACUGCAAAGUCGGUCAGAAUCUGAAAUGUCCCAAAUGGCCAAUAUGGGUUAUUGGCAGCGAGUCACAUUACACUGUCCUGUUUGCACUCGAACCAUCGGUACAAGAAGAGAACGAGCUUGAGCUGAGAGAAUGUCAGAUAAGAAGAGCCUUCGACGCAAGAGACCAGAGUGGAGGAGGAGGUUUCAUCAGCGUGGAGGCCUUCCACCAAGUUGUUCAAGAAACAAACAUCAGACUCCCAAUCGAGAAAGUCAACGAUAUCUGCGCGACAGGGUUCAUCGUGUGGAGCGAGCUAUGGCAAGUGAUCUUGGAGUUAGACCGGAACUUAGGAGGGAUCAAAGAUUCAACAGGGUUGAUGGGAAAGAAAGUGUUUGACAUCUAUCACUUCAACGGGAUAGCGAAGUCGGAUAUAAACGGUGGUGGUCAAGCGAUGGCUGUUGAAGGCGGGACGGUUCCUAUGCAGAGGCCACGGCUGACGAAGCUAAACGUCUCUGUUCCUCCUAAAUGGACGCCGGAGGAGUUCAUGACAUGCGCAUUGCCGAGCAGCUCGGAGAAAGAGCCGGAAGUGAAUCAGCCUAAACCGGUGCAGCAUGCGCCGUUGGUCGAUUGUAUAAGAACUCGGUGGUCGCGAGCUACGUGUAGCUGGGCUGGAGAUCCUCCAAGUAUAGUCUGA